CCAGGGCAGAUCAGGCGGUCAACUAGUCGAUAUAAUGCUCGUAGCUGCAUCUCUCCUGGUCUUCGCAUUCCUCACUCAAGUCAAGUAACUUCAACUAUUCUCCUGUCUUACUGAUCUUUGGUUCCAUCUCUCUGUCGAGAUAUCCCCCUUCCUCCCUACCCAUCAUGUUGGGUCCACUAAAGGCUGUGCCAGGCAGCCGAUCAACAGAUUACCCAAAGAGGAUAAAGUGGCUCUCGCGUUCCGCCCAGCGCGUUCUCUUCAGCUUCGUUCUCCUUCCAUCGCCCUUGCAUUGAUACUCGCCACCAUCACCCGAUCAUGGCUCAAUAUUGACUUCCCCUUAAUGACACGAUCUGUGAAUCUCAGUUGAUCUGUCAUAUCUACUCGUUUUCGUGAACCUUCGUCAACCAUGCACCACUCUCAGCUGGCCCCGUUGCCGAAUGACUUGCCGUUUCGCAUCGUUUCCAAAACAAUUGGUCAGGGUGCUUACGCUUGCAUCAAGAAGGCCGUCCCCACCUACACAGACAAUCCCGUUUUCGCAGUCAAGUUCAUCCACAAAGAGUACGCCGCCCGUCAUGGAAAGGUCAGCCCGCGUCAGCUACAAAUGGAGGCGACAGUCCACAAGCAUAUCGGGGAUCAUAAUAAUAUAAUCUCAUUCUUCCAAACCGGGGAAGAUGACAUCUGGCGUUGGAUCGCGAUGGAGCUGGCCGAGGGUGGCGAUCUGUUCGACAAGAUCGAGGCUGACGAGGGUGUUGGCGAGGACAUCGCGCAUGUAUACUUCUCGCAGCUGAUAAGUGCCGUGGGCUAUAUGCAUUCAAAGGGCGUGGGCCACCGCGACAUCAAGCCGGAAAAUAUGCUCUUGACAGCCGACGGGAACCUGAAAAUCGCAGACUUUGGGCUAGCCACGUUAUUCGAGUACAAGGGCGUGACGAAGUUGUCUACAACUUUCUGUGGGAGUCCUCCAUAUAUUGCACCCGAGGUGAUAUCUUGCAGUAGCAAACAUAUGAUGAAAGGUGCAGGCUACCGACCCGAUCUAGUGGACAUCUGGUCCUGCGGAAUCGUCCUGUUCGUCCUCUUGGCUGGCAACACCCCGUGGGAUAGUCCGACAGAGACCAGUUACGAAUUCCAGGAAUACCUCGCAACAAAUGGACGCACAUCCGAUGAGCUUUGGCAGCAAUUGCCUAUAGAGACUCUUUCGCUACUACGUGGAAUGCUGAACAUCGACCCCUCAAACCGCUUUUCCCUGGAGGACGUUCGGAGACAUCCUUGGUAUACCCGACCGAACAAAUACCUAUCCCGAAAUGGCACAUUAAGGGAUCCGAUCAACUUAGCUACAACCAUGUUCGAGUCACUCCAUAUCGACUUUUCCCAAGAUCCUUUCGCUCAACCCCAUGGGGGUAGUUUUGGUGGGGGACGAAUGGAUAUCGAUCUGGGUGAUGGGAUUGAUGCUGAACAAAGGAUAUCAUCAACGCAGCCGGAGAUGCCGAGGUCUGAUAUGCUGGUCGACUGGGAUACCCCGCAAGUCGCGGAUGCGUUCUCAUCAACACAACCCCUGGGGCGACCGUUCUCUGCCGACGACAUGUCGGCCCUCGACCAUCUAGAGGAUGAGCCGUCAAUGUCACAAUUCUCGCCUCAUCCGUCCGUACCCCUGAGUCGGACGCAGAAAGCGCAGCGAUUCCAUGACAUCGUGCCUUCUCGUCCCAUGACACGAUUUUUCUCUACGUGGGAGCUUAAGAUUCUAGUUCCUCUCAUCUGCGAGGCUUUGCAUCGUCUAGGGGUUCCGGUUCCUGCGGUUCCCGCUGUUUCCGCAGGGGACACUUCCGCCAUGCUUCGUACCGUGACUCGGGAUGGGAGGAUGUGCACUCUGCAGGGUAAAGUCUUGAUCGAAUGUGUCUCCGAGGGCCUAUUCGAGAUUGAGUUCAUGAAGGUGAAGGGUGAUCCGCUGGAAUGGCGGCGUUUCUUCAAGAAGGUGGCCGUGCUUUGCAAGGACGCCGUCUACAAGCCUGACUGCUAGAAUACAGCCAGGAUAUAUGCUUAUGCACCUCGACCAGGCACCCAUGUUAUUGCUGUUAUUGCCUGGUGUCACGUCUGACGGUUAAUGUAC